AGCUUGUAUCAUCAUGUGCCUGGCAGUGACGUGUUUGUAACGCGUCAAGACUUCUCGACUAAUAUCCUCCUCUCGCCAGUCUGACCACCACUUGCUUUGUACUCCUCCCCUAGACAAGAACUACUGUACUUACGGCUCUCCAAGAUAUACGAUACACUGCAAGCCUAACAGAUUACCGUAAUGGACCAGCAUCUGUACACCACCAAGGGCUCGCUACCCACUGUUCUCUGGCGUCCGCAAAGAGGCAGCAGCGUCGUCUUGAAACCAAAGCACUACCGCCCCUUCAGUCAAGUGGUCCGCACCGUCCACCUCAACGAUGCUCUCACCAUCUGCAUAGAGCACGGCAUGACGCCGAAGCCCAUCGUGUCGCUCAGCAGCCUGAAGGGCGACGUGCUGCGUUCAUACCAUCCCUGCAAAAGACUCCACGUCCUCUGGUUCGGUGCAAAAGAGGAUGACAGCGAUGAAGACGAACAUGACUGGUAUGGUAACGUGGAAUUCGCCAUUUCAGCAGACACCAUGAUGCAGCGCUGGAAGAACUACUACCUAGUCGAGAUGGUGACGGCACCAACCCACUCCAUCACACGCAUUCUAGUCACCAACUCUGACUAUUCCUCAGUCCUUCCCGUGUAUGAUCCUCACACAUACGGUGGGGCGUGGUAUCUCACAACCGACGGUCAACACGAGAAGCUGUCUGACUGUCGGCGGUACAACGGUGAAGGUUACAAUGGGAAUGGUCACACCCUUGAAUUCAUGAUUGAAGUAACACCCCUCGGAAUGAAGAAGAUAUUGUUUGAGACUGAAAUUUCCUUCAGAAACCACGUAGAGGCAGCAUCGGACCGUGCGCAUGUCUGCCACAGGUCAAGAGGUCCCCGCAAGUGCCUGACGCCUUUCACCAGGGCAUGGACCUCUCGAUGGUUCUUCAAGGAACACCACCGCCUGAGAGCUAAUGGACCUAUGGCCAAGCCGAGACUGUCCCCAAGUGCUCAUGAAUUCCUAAAGUAUUUCCUCGCAAUGGAAGGCAUACCGAGGAAUAAUCUGCCAAUACUGAGUCCCCAGCCUGGUCUCCCUCCAAGUCUCGCUCUUUGUCCUCCUCCUCUCAACGACCAACACUUUCCUGCUCUCCCACCACCUCCCCAUUCCUUCCUCAUCAAUCACUUCCUUCAGAAGCCCAUGGCCAAUGGAAACAUCCUGGAGCUUCACAUGAUUGGUCGCAUUGCUGAGAAAAUGAAGUCCAAGAUGCAUCCUGAAGAGGAGGAAGAGAGAGAGGAGACAACGAUAAUUGACACCCAACGGCACCAUCCUAAAUUUCUCCCUGGCGGUCCUCCUGGUCAUUUCCCUCGACUUUUUGGUCCUCCUCCUGGAUUUUUUCGCCCUCCACCUCCAUUUGCCAAUCCCUUUCUUCAUCUCCCUCCUCCACCUUGUUUCCAACCUCCCUCUUUCCAACACAGCUGGGCUCCACUGCAGCCAAUCAAGUAUUGCAAACGAAAUUAAUAAUGCACUUCUAAUUUGAUGUUCAACACACACACACACACACACACACACACACACACACACACACACACACACACACACACACACACACACACACACACACACACACACACACACACACAUGGAACACUACAAAAACAUACAUUCCGUCACGUAGAAGUGUACACAUAUCAUGGUAUAACUGAGUGCCUUUCCUCGAUCUUCGUAGAUGAUGGCGAAGUUCUGAGGCAGAGGAACGUAUGGAGUAGAAUUGCUAAGAAGUGUGACCUGUUUUACCAAAUAUAUAAUCUGCAAAUAUAGUCAGAGGUCAGGUCAAAUUCUUAGCGCUGUGGUGACUGGAGGAACACAAGUUCUAAAGGGAAAAAGUUUUGUUAACCGGAUGUUUAUGUCAUCGUGAUUUGUGACAGAUUGGUACUUGUGCAGUGUUAUAUUUGUGUGUUAAUCAGCAUUAUUGCAUCAGAGUGUAUGUUUUCCUCAAGCUCGCCAUGGCUAAUUGACCAUAUUAGCUCAAAAACAAUGUCCGAAUAUAUUUUUGUACCAUGAUUCAUGACCAAGUACUUUUAACUCGACAAUUUUAAUGCAUGGAGUAUAUGUUUGUACGUGUAUUCACAUGAUUUUAUUUUUCAAAACCAUGUAAUAAAAAAUAAUAAAUCA